CAUAGAGAGAGUCACCUCCUCCUUCCUCUCUCCUUCUAAACUAAAACCAUUUCCGUUUUCACAUCGUUUGCCUUUUUCCUCCUUUCCCUUUCAUCUUCUUCUUGAUUCUGAUUCUCCACUCAGAUUUUCUCUGAGUUGAGAGAAGAAAGAAAUUUCAGAAACCCUAGAAAAAAGUGUGAUUGGUCUCUGUCUGUCUCAUGGCGGAUUUUGCAGUGAAGAAAAGUUCAGCAAAGAAAGUAUCUAAUAAAGGGAAUGGAAAUGGAUAUACUGGCGGCGGUGGUGGUGGUGGUAGUAAGACUGUGUAUGAUGAUGUAUUUGGAGGUCCGCCGAAAUUUGGAGUUCCGAGUAUUGGUUCUUCUGGGAUGAUUGAUGAUUAUAGUGAGAUUUUUGGUGGUUUUAACUCAACUCGUGUUUCUUCUAUACCUAUUUUGGAUCUUCCGGUUGUUGAUGAAAAAGAUGUUUCGAUUGAUGUGAGGAGUUCGAAAUUUGAUUAUUCUGAAGUUUUUGGUGGUUUUAAUGGGUUGGAUUUUGCUGUCUCGUAUGAAGAAUUGUUAGCUGCGGAAUCUAAAGGAGGUGGCGGCGAAAGUUCUUCUGAUGAUGCCUGGACCUCGGCAGAAACAGGUUCUCCCUCAGAGGGGUCAAACGAAGAUCCUGCUUGUUCAGAAACCAAUCAAACUUUCUCAAAUGAAGAGUCUUACGAGUCCGAUGGUGUAAAGCAGUUCAAUGUGUCGUAUCAAAAGUCUAAUCAGAUAAGCAGAGAUGGCGAGAUUACUGCAACCACACACAUAGCUCAACUUAAUUCUGUUCCAGCAUUUACGUUUUUAGUUGAUGAAAGCAUUCCUUCUCAAAAUGCAGAGGACAACACAUUGGACCAGGUAACCAAAUUCCAUAGUCUUGAUUUGGAUUUUGGUGAUCACGUAAAUGAAGAAAAUGAUCUCGAGGAAACCAUAUCAGACCAGUCCGUCUAUCAUGGCAUUGCACAAAUAUCUAAACAUCAAACAAACCAUCUCAAGGAGACCAUUUCCUACGAACCUUUCUUUCCGGCUGUCAGAGAGCUUUCUGAAAGUGAUUCGGUACAUCAAAGAAACCAUCACAAGGAAACUACCUCAUUCCAACCUAUCUCUCAUGCUGUGAGGCAGAUUUCUGAAGGUGAUUCAAUACAUCCGAAAAACCAUCUCAAGGAUACUAGUUUAGGCCAGUCUGUUACUGUAACUCGUAUUCCCGAGAGAGCUCUGGAACCUCAUGGAAAGCCUGGCGGAAACGGAACUCAUCCCAGUAAGGGGUAUCUAACAGUUUCAGAAAUUAAUCUUAAGACAAAUCCCUGUCAUGUAACUCAUAUUCCAGAGAGAGCUCUGGAACCUCCAGCAAAGCCUGGUGGAAAUGGAACUCAUCCUAGUAAGGGGUUUGUAACAGUCUCAGAAAUUAAUCUCAGGACAAAUCCCUGUCAUGUACCGCCUCCAUCAAGACCACCACCAAAAGUAUCUAUUUGGCGAGGAGAUUCCAAGAUAUAUACAGCUUCACACCCAAGGGCUUCUUACAAUUCUGUCCUUCAAAGGGCUGUUAGUGAUAGUUCAGCACAAUUCUUUGACGUGGAAGUAGAUGCAAGUUCAUCCGCAGAAGCCUCUGCAGCUGCAAUGAAAGAAGCAAUGGACUUUGCCCAAGCAAGACUUAAAAGUGCAAAAGAAUUAAUGGAAAGAAAGAAGGAUGGCCUUCAAAAUCGUAAGAAGUUGGGUUUCAAGGACGAGUCUAAAUCUAUGAAAAAAAGGGAGUUGGAAGCUGCACCUCAAGCUCAAUUUUCGAAUGAGAAGCCUAAUGACAUACCUGAGCAUGCUGACAAGGAAAUAAAAGGUAUCAAUGUGGAGGAUAGGGCCUCGAGGGUAGUAGAGGUUGAUGAAGAUUCGGGGGUGACUGGAAAGAAAAUUGUCAAUGCAUCUGAAGAGAUGGCUGAACAAAAUUAUAGGCAGGACACUGGAUCAAUGCAAGCAUCCCAUGGGGAAGAAGAAGAUGGAGAAUGGAAGGUAGAGGAACAAUAUUAUGAGUUAGUGCAAACAGUUAUUCACAGAGCAGUUAUGGAGACCUCCAAACAUGAAAGUGUAGAAGACAUGAAAUCCACUCGAAGAGAAUCAGAAGUAGCUCAUGAUGAAAACACAAAAGCAGCUCUCGAGCUUAAUAUGCGAGGAGAGUACGAAAAGGAAUUGGAUGUUGCUCAAGAGGUCUGCAAUCAUGAAAGAAAUGACAAUCAUUGUAAUGUGGAACUUGAGAAGGAAGACGAUGAAAAGAAGCUAAAGGAACCUAGCAAUGAAUCUGUGUCUAAACUUGAACAGACCCAUGUACAGGAGGAAAUUGAGCAAUUUCAGGAAGAGGAACGCAAACGUGAGGAAUUCGAGGAGAGAGAAAAAAUGGCACGUGAAAGGCAGGAACAUGAGAAGAGACUUGAAGAGGCUCGCAAACAAGAAGAAAAUGAGAGGAGGCAAAUAGAAGAAAAUGAACGUGAAGAAAGCAAGAAGAGGUUGAAAGAGUCUCGAGAGAGAGAAGAAGAAGAUGCAAAGCUUUUAAAGGAAGCCCAGGAGCUAGAAGAGAAGCGACGAGAGGAAGCUCAUGAACAUGAGAGAAGACUUAAAGAGGAACUUGAAAGGGAAGAAAAUGAGAAGAAACUAAAAGAAGCUCAUGAAAGGGAGGUAAACGAGAAGAGACUAAAAGAAACUCGUGAAAAGGAAGAUAAUGAAAGGAGAGUAAGAGAAGCUCUUGAGAAGGAGGAAAAUGAAAGGAGACUAAGAGAAGCUCUCGAGAGGGAGGAAAAUGAAAGGAGACUAAGAGAGAGUCUCGAGAGGGAGGAAAAUGAAAGGAGACUAAGAGAGAGUAUCGAGAGGGAGGAAAAUGAAAGGAGACUAAGAGAAGCUCUCGAGAGGGAGGAAACUGAAAGGAGACUACGAGAAGAGGAGGAGGAAUUUGAAAAGAGGCAAACAGAGACUCGUGAGAGGGAAGAACAAGAGCGAAAAGUAAAAGAGGCUCGUGAGCAGGAAGAAAACUUGAGGAGACAACAAGAGCUCAAGAGGGAGGAGAAUGAGAAGAAUGCGAAAGCAGCUCAAGAGGCUCUUGUGCAUAGUAAGGGUGAGGAGAAUCUGAAAGCGUCAGCUGGAUGCCUAGAGAAUGCUGAUAGUGGGAAUACAAAGAAGGCAGCCGAAGAAGCAUGUAGGCAGGAUGAAGAUAAAGUUUUAGCUCAAAUGUCGAGCGAACCUGAUCUCGAGAAAAUUAGGGAAGCUGAUCGUGGGACUAAGUUACAGGACGGUGAAAAGAAUUUUGCAGAAGUUCAAACCGUCGUUUCGCAAGAAAAAAUUGGGAGGAGUAAGAAAAUGUCCCAAGGUGCUCUUGAACAGGAAGAGAACAAUUGUGCAGCCCAGAGAAAGAAGCAGUUGGUUGAAAAUGGGAGGAAACUGGAAGCAGCUCAUCCCACUAAUGUUAUGGAUGCGAAUGGUCUUAAUGCAAGUAAAAAUAUCGAGAAAAAAAAUAAGGCUGAAUCACUUUCGCUGGAAGAGAGGGAGAAGGAAAAAAGGAUGCAAAGAGAAAGGGACCGUGAGGUAGAGCGCUUGAGAAAGGUCGAAGAGGAUAGAGAAAGGGAAAGGGAAAGAGAAAAAGAUAGGAUGGCUGUUGAAAGAGCAACAAGGGAAGCACGUGAAAGGGCACUUGCUGAUGCCCGUGAACGAGCGGAAAGGGCAGCAGUUGAGAGAGCAACUGCUGAAGCUAGGCAAAGAGCUGUUGCUGAGGCCCGAGAAAGAUUAGAUAGGGCUUCUGCCGUGGCACGGGAGAAAUCAGUAGCUGAGAAGUCUUUUACUGAAGGCAAGAUAAGGGCAGAGCGUGAUGCCAGACUUAGGUUAGAGCGUGCUGCUGUGGAGAGAGCAACUGCAGAGGCUAGGGAGCGUGCUGCAGAAAAACUGAAGUCUGAUAAGGCUGCUUUUGGUGCAAGAGAUCGGACAGAAAGAACUUACUCCGAGAAGUAUUCAUCUACUUCCAGGGAUAGUGGAAUAAGGCACAGUUCAUCUUUCUCUGAUUUACGGGAUACUCAACACCAAAGCUCAGGCGCUUCCAAUAGUUUCCAGAGAAACUCUAACUCUUCCAACCAUGCGUCCAACGUUAGCGAGCGAUAUCAAGGAGCCGAAAUUGAAUCAGCUCAGAGGUGUAAAGCUAGGUUAGAGAGGCAUCAACGGACAGUUGAGCGUGCGGCAAAGGCUUUAGCAGAAAAGAACAUGCGGGAUCUUCUUGCUCAGCGAGAGCAAGCAGAGAGAAAUAGAUUCUCAGAUACUCUGGAUGCAGAGGUCAGAAGGUGGUCGAAUGGAAAAGAAGGAAACUUGCGAGCAUUGCUGUCGACGUUGCAAUAUAUCCUUGGUCCGGACAGUGGUUGGCAUCCAGUCCCAUUGACAGAAGUGAUAACAGCUGUUGCCGUAAAGAAAGCCUACAGGAAAGCCACUCUUUGUGUCCAUCCCGAUAAAUUGCAGCAACGAGGUGCUACCAUUCAGCAGAAGUACAUAUGCGAGAAGGUUUUCGAUCUUUUAAAGGAGGCUUGGAACAAAUUCAACUCAGAGGAGCGCUAAUAGUGAAGGCCUCGUAGGAAGCGCAAAUAGUGGAGGCUUCUGCAUUUCUUUUUUGCUGGUGCAUGCCGAUAGUUUUGGGUUUGGGGGGGUCACAUUCUUGUAAUUUUAAAAUCUUAAUUAGUAGUGAAGUAAAUAUUUAUUUUGUUUAGAGCUUUUUGCAGGCAUUCUUUCUUGUAUAUGGCCACAGCUCUAGUAUAGUCAGUCACGUGUAGUUCCAGAAAACUUUGUCAAAUCAGUUUGGAAAUCUAAUUAUAAUUUAUUCA